AUGCAGCAGCAGACUGGCAUACCAACCCGCCACAUCAUGAGCAACAACUCGAGGAUAGAUUCAUGGCGACACUCCAUCCCCAGUCGUUUCGAGCGGGAAGACCCCUUUGCAAACGACGGGUUUGAGCCGCGCUGCUCAACUCGGCUCACCUUUCGCGAGGACUCUGCUCCUACCAGGGACAGCGCUCCCAGCUCCAGACUCGGGCAAUUACUGCCUCGCUUCGCACGGCCUGUGCUUGGCUCCGGGUCGACGCCAGUCUCGCCAUCGACUGCGGACGACAGACCGACCGCAGAAGCGACCCGGGGAAAGAAGCGCAAACGGGACCGGUUCAGGAGCCUCCUCCGCAGGGAGCGAGGCCCUCCACCGCCUCCGGCAAUCCACGCGCCGCUGAAACUAAGGUUCUUGUUUGUCGGGGACCGAGGAUCCGGACAAACAGCCUUGCUAUAUCACGCCAAAUACGGUCAUUUCCCCGACACGUCGGCUAUUCCCCGAACGCCCUUCGAGACGUACAUGCUCGAAAAGGACGGCACGCCCGUCGUCACGGAGCUAUAG